AACUAGAAGACAAUCCUGACAACCCACUAGCUUUUGACAAUCUACCCUUUUGUGAAACAGAACAUGUUCUAUCGAAAAAGAUAGAUCUUUAUUACCAUAGUAGCAAGAAAGAUCAUGAUUAUGAUUAUA